AGCGGAUCACCACCACAGUGUACAUCCUUUGCGAACGCGUCAAACGCACUUUCGACUUCUUUGCGCUUUUUUGCCCGAAAAUAAGCAUGUCCACGAAAGUUGAGUUUAAAUAAAAAGUUGCUUCCUGAAGUAUUGGUGAUAAAAUAUCUUUACUGUUCGUGCACGUAUACUACUAUGACUUGGUGUCCGUUUAAGUACUUAUUUAUGAAUCUUAUUCGUCUCUCUUUCUAUUUUGCUUUGUUUUAUGUGUAACGCGCGUGUUUUAUGUGCCACCAGUUGCGCAUUACACAACGUUUUCGUGUGGAUUGUCGUGCCACUUGAAAGUUAAGUUUUGAAAAUAUAAUUUCGAUGGUAUUGCUUCUUAUUUGUAAAACGACUCACCUGCUGUUUAUUGUGAGCACAGUCAAGUGGCUGCCGAUUAAAGUCUUUCGUAAAGGGGAUGGAAGUGAACAAACGACGGGUGGAAGGAGUGGACACAAUUGUACUUGGCUAUCAAUCUUUCCGCAAAUGGAUCAGCGAUUAUAAGCUCAUUCGUUCGUGGUCUCUGCAACUUGAGUAUUGCCGGAACUAUGGAAGAUGAGAUUUAGCAAUUGGUCGUUCAACAAGAUUGCCAAUAACAUCGCGUAGCUGUUGUGGAAGCAACGCGGAAAAGUACGAAAACCAAAAAAUGGUGUUGGUAGUGAACGGUGUAUUGCAGGACGAUGUGCCUCCAGACAGCCGAACCCUUUACACAGCUCAUCCCGUAUAUCGGGACACCGCUGCUCAAUUACACAUGAUACCGGUCAAACUGGUGGGUCCCGCGGGUCUUCUCUACGUGCAACAGAGAGAAAUGGCGGCUACCUUGCCACACGACAAAAACGUCACGAUUCUCGGUUCGGAUGACAUGACUACGUGUAUAAUUAUCAUUCUAAGGCAUUCUGGCUCGGGAGCAGCAGCAAUGGCACAUUUGGACGGCUCGGGCACGCAAGAAGCGGUGAUACAGAUGAUACACAAGGUAUCAGAGUUGGCGCUCGGUUAUCCCGAAGGGCGCUUGGAGUUGCAGUUGAUAGGCGGCUACGCUGAUCCUUGCAACUACUCCGAAGAACUUUUCUACAAUAUUUUAUCGGUCUUUCACAAGCAACCCAUCGAAAUUGACCUGACGCUGUGCUGUGUGGGCGAGUCGAACACGACGGUACGUGGCGGCAUUCACUGGCCAAUGAUUUACGGAGUCGGGCUCAACGUGAAAACCGGCGAAAUCUUUCCGGCCACUUUUCCUGACAAGGGUCCCGAGCAGCCUCUCAGAAGCGCCAGGCAUCUAACUGGUGGAGAGGAGGUACUGGAUAUUUACGAUUGCACGCUCGGCCUUUUGAGAAUUGGACCGUUUAAUUACGAUCCUUUACGCGGAGUUGACCUGUGGCUCGCACAAUCCGAUCAAUUCAUUCUGCAACAUUUGUCAACGUCACCGGAAGUCGAACUUCCUCAUUUUGUCUCUCAGGUCAGAGCGACGCUAAAGUACAUACGGCAAAAUCCGUUCCCGGCCGUGACGGUAUUCCGUGACAACAGGCCACAUUAUUACCGGCGAGACGAAACCACCGGCUUAUGGCAGCCUAUACCAUAUUAGCUUUCUAACGCUCACUCACCUGACUGCCCGUGAAACCUGCGAAUUCUCGAUCAGCGCGUGAUAAUGUUUCUAUUCAGCCUUGUUAAAUUUAAUUCUUACUAGCGUUGCUAUUCUCUGUGGGGAGCUUCGUGAAUCGUUGUGAGGUCAUAAUUCAUUAUACAAAAUUUCUUUCAUUUCAUUGAUUUAUUUAAACGAGUCAAUUUUAAAAAGUCUUUUUGUGAAAACUUUCGAUAUUGUGAAAAGUAUGCUUUAAAUGUGCAAAGGGAGGGGGAGGGGGGAAUAUAUCCGCAAAACACAGCCAAAUGCACCACUGCUAUGCCCCCUGCGAUUUAUUAAAGGGUCCUACUUCGGUGAAGGAAGCCGGCGCUGACUUCCACGGGCACGAAUCUACCGCGACGACGGGGAAAGGUGAAUGGAAGAAGUCGGAAUAAAUACAAAGAGGCGAUCCCUUUAUUUACGCCAUCGGAAAAUUACAUUUACGUAUUCUUACAAAUUACAAUGGUGAGCGCAUUCGCUCAAUCCACAGAACGCGACAGCAGGCGGCGAAUAGGAGCGUAUUCGCUCAACUAUCAUACGCGACGAGUCUAUAAUAUUUAGGAGCGGAUUCGCUCAACUAUCAAACGCGACAAUUCAAUUCGCGGCGUUGUACCGGGCGAGAGCUGGUACGUGAGAGAGAGAUCCGCGGAAUAGAGCAGAAUCGAACCCACCGGGUAACUCCUCCCGCGGCUCGCUGGUAGAGAGCCGGCGUCGGCGAAAUCGUAGUCCAGCCGGCAGUGGAGCUCGUCGGAUCACCGGCGGCGGCUGGUUGGCGGCUGGCGGCCGGGAUCGGCUCCUCGAUCGUCUGAUGGUGAUCGCCGGGGGAGCUGCUCGAACAGCAGCCGGAGACUUGCCACACAAAGACUCUCUCUCGUCCUGGGUUUCUCUCUCUCUUGGCGCGUUGUCCAGUUUCUCUCGCCCCGUGACCUGAUUAGCCUACGGUCACUCUCCAACUCUUUCAAUCUUUCCCGCUCUCGUAAUUCUCGCGGCGCGAGCCGCGCUUUUCGCGUUCUCGCUUAUUCCUCUUCCUCUCUCGCUCUCUCUCUCUCUCACGCUCUUCGCGCUCUCGCUCUUUCUUACGCCGUCUUCUCCGCCGGCCGCGCUCUCCCCUCUCCAGGCCCUGCAACGACCCGAGCGCGUGAAUGCUAUGUCAACCAUAGCCACGAUCGGCCGCUACAUCCGUGCGAGGAGAGUGCCGCGCACAGGGCUAGCGAACAUCGCUAUCAGCCCUAUCACAAAUGAACGCCGACUCAUACAUUGCAAUAAUUUUUCUUGAUAUCGUUCCACUGAGUAGGAUUGAAGUUUUUCAGUUUGAAUUUGAAACCAGUGUCUAUUUUGUUUUCAUAAAGGGCGUUUUACGUGUGAAUUAUUACUAAGCUUUAAUGUUGAAAUAGCAAAUAAAUAAUUUGCUUUUUUACUUACUUAUUUGAUCGAGAUAUUUUAUCUAGAACUCCGUCAGAGACUUAAUGUGUUGUAUAAAUUUGAUCAUUUUCCUUGAAAGGAAAUCAAUAAAACGUUUGUAUAUGUGAUUGAAAAAAUGUAUAACAUUGUUAAUAUAUUGCUUCAAUAUUCAAUUGAAUAAAUAUUUAGAAUAAAAUAUAUAGAUCAGCAAUAGUAUUUAUAUCAAUGAAUUGAGCAUUUUUUGUUUCACUACAUUUUAACAGCUAAAAAAAAAUUUUUGUAAUUAGAAAAGUACAAAGAAAUGCCCAACAUUGUGUAGAAUAAAAUAAUUAGUAAUAUGUGUUGCAAAAUGAUCAAUAAACAUCUUGCUAUGAUCAUUUAUUUAGUACUUUACUUUACCUCUACAAUACAAAUUUUCACAUCUAGGGUAAGCAAAUACUUGUAUCAAGAAUACUUUAUUCUAGUAAACAUUGUAUUGUAAUUUGAAGAGCAUUCAAAUGUGUUAUAAAAGUUUGAAAAAACUUAUUGAUAAAGAAAGUGAUUGAAACUCCAUCCGUCAAAGUACUUGUAAUUGACUUGAAUUUAUGAACUAUAUAGCGAACAAAAAUAGUAAACAUCUCCGUAUUUUGAUAAAUGAAGAUAACAUUAAAUAUAUUUAUAUUAUUGUAAAAGUAAAUGAAAUUAAGUUAGUUCUACAAAAAGUAUACACUCGUGGAGUUCAUAUUGCAUUGUAAUUUUUUUUGCUCUUGAACGAAAAACAAAGAAAAUUAUACUGAAAAUAUUUGUCUAAAUAUUAUUUGACCAUCAUUAUAAUAAUAUAAAAUUUUACUCUGAAAUUAAAUUAUUAAUACGCAU